UUGUGUUCGGGGUCCGCGGAACGAGGGAGGGAGGGACGGACGGACGGAGGGGAGGAAGAGCGGCUGGGACGCCGUGGGAACGAGCCCGAGAGCCGGACGCAGCCUGCGGGUUCACCGCCGUGGCGGUUUAACCGUCCUGAGUGGAUGGGAUGGAGCCGGGACCGUCUGGAGCUGUGCCCAUGGGGCCGUACCCCCCGCCCCUGCAGCAGGUCUUCCAGGCUCCCCGGAGGCCGGGCAUGGGCACCGUCGGGAAGCCCAUCAAGCUGCUGGCCAACUAUUUUGAAGUGGAGAUCCCCAAGAUGGAUGUCUAUCACUACGAGGUCGAUAUCAAACCUGAUAAGUGUCCUCGUCGGGUCAACAGGGAAGUCGUGGAGUACAUGGUCCAGCAUUUUAAACCACAGCUCUUCGGUGACCGCAAGCCGGUAUACGACGGGAAGAAAAACAUCUACACGGUCCUGGCUCUUCCCAUAGGGAGCGAGAAGGUGGAUUUCGAAGUGACCAUCCCGGGUGAGGGGAAGGACCGGAUCUUUAAGGUCUCCAUCCGCUGGCUGGCGAAGGUGUCGUGGCGGCUGCUGCAGGAGACGCUGGUGAGCGGGCGGCUACAGGUCCCGCUGGAUUCGGUCCAGGCUCUGGACGUUGCCAUGAGACACUUGGCGUCCAUGAGGUAUACUCCAGUGGGCCGAUCCUUCUUCUCUCCACCCGAAGGCUACUAUCAUCCUCUGGGAGGAGGAAGAGAGGUCUGGUUCGGCUUCCAUCAAUCCGUACGGCCGGCCAUGUGGAAGAUGAUGCUUAACAUCGAUGUGUCAGCCACCGCGUUCUACAAAGCCCAGCCCGUCAUCGAGUUCAUGUGCGAGGUCCUGGACAUCCGCAACAUCGACGAGCAACCCAAGACCCUAACCGACUCCCAAAGGGUCCGCUUCACCAAGGAAAUCAAGGGCCUGAAGGUGGAGGUGACACACUGCGGUCAGAUGAAGAGGAAGUAUCGUGUGUGUAACGUGACGCGUCGUCCUGCCAGUCACCAGACGUUCCCGCUGCAGCUGGAAAGCGGGCAGACGGUGGAGUGUACAGUGGCGCAAUAUUUUAAACAGAAGUACAACCUGCAGCUGAAGUACCCUCACCUGCCGUGUCUGCAGGUGGGCCAGGAGCAGAAACACACCUACCUGCCCCUGGAGGUGUGUAACAUCGUAGCAGGACAGCGAUGCAUCAAGAAACUGACCGAUAAUCAGACGUCCACUAUGAUCAAAGCCACAGCGCGCUCGGCACCGGACCGACAGGAGGAGAUCAGCAGGCUGAUGAAGAACGCUAACUUUAACCUGGACCCCUACAUACAAGAGUUCGGGAUCAAGGUGCGGGAUGACAUGGCGGAGGUGACGGGCCGAGUCCUCCCAGCUCCCAUCCUGCAGUACGGAGGCAGGAACCGAGCUAUCGCUACACCCAACCAGGGAGUGUGGGACAUGCGGGGGAAACAGUUCUACAACGGCAUCGAGAUCAAAGUGUGGGCCAUCGCCUGCUUUGCCCCGCAGAAACAGUGUCGCGAGGAGGUGCUUAAGAACUUCACCGAUCAGCUGCGUAAGAUCUCCAAGGACGCCGGGAUGCCCAUCCAGGGCCAGCCGUGUUUCUGUAAGUACGCCCAGGGAGCCGACAGCGUGGAGCCCAUGUUCAGGCACCUGAAGAACACCUACUCCGGCCUGCAGCUUAUCAUCGUUAUCCUGCCCGGAAAAACCCCCGUCUACGCGGAGGUGAAGCGUGUAGGAGACACUCUCCUUGGAAUGGCCACUCAGUGCGUGCAGGUGAAGAACGUGGUGAAGACGUCACCGCAGACGCUUUCCAACCUCUGCCUCAAGAUCAACGUCAAACUCGGCGGCAUCAACAACAUCCUGGUACCACACCAACGGUCCGCAGUGUUCCAGCAGCCCGUCAUCUUCCUGGGUGCCGACGUCACACACCCACCAGCCGGAGACGGGAAAAAGCCGUCCAUUACUGCAGUAGUGGGCAGUAUGGACGCCCACCCCAGCCGAUACUGUGCCACGGUGCGGGUGCAAAGGCCGCGGCAGGAAAUAAUCGAAGAUCUCUCCUACAUGGUGCGUGAGCUCCUCAUCCAGUUCUACAAGUCCACCCGCUUCAAGCCCACCCGGAUCAUCUUCUACAGGGACGGCGUUCCCGAAGGCCAGCUACCACAGAUCCUGCACUACGAGCUGCUGGCCAUCCGAGACGCCUGCAUCAAACUGGAGAAGGAUUACCAGCCCGGGAUCACCUACAUCGUGGUGCAGAAGCGGCACCACACCCGGCUGUUCUGCGCCGACAAGUCGGAGAGGAUUGGAAAAAGUGGCAACAUUCCAGCAGGAACAACAGUCGACACCAGCAUCACGCAUCCCUUCGAGUUUGAUUUCUACCUGUGCAGUCAUGCAGGGAUUCAGGGCACCAGCCGACCGUCGCAUUAUUACGUGCUGUGGGACGACAACCGCUUCACAGCCGACGAGCUCCAGAUUCUCACCUACCAGCUGUGCCAUACGUACGUGCGCUGCACGCGCUCCGUCUCCAUCCCGGCGCCCGCCUACUACGCCCGGCUCGUGGCCUUCCGCGCACGCUACCACCUUGUAGACAAAGAGCACGACAGCGGUGAGGGAAGCCACGUCUCGGGUCAGAGCAACGGCCGGGACCCCCAGGCUCUGGCUAAAGCCGUGCAGAUUCACCACGACACCCUGAGGACCAUGUAUUUCGCCUAAGCGCGCCCUCCCGAUUGUACCUCGCGAAGGCGUUGACGGGGGGGGGGCCUCGAGAAGUCUGGUCCACCCCCCUGUGCUUGAGCCAGUACACACUACAAAUCCCUAGCACCUCAACACAGCGUCGUGUCCUCAUCCGGCAGGACUGAGCCUCAUUUACCUUCUACUUCUUUUUUUUUUUGUCCUUGUUCCUUUCUUUUUUUUUUUUAAAGUGUAUGGUUGUUUACUAUCUUCAUACCGCGUAUGUACGUUUCGUAUGCAAUACGGAGGAGGAGCAAAGGCACAACUCACCCGGAGAUUUUGACUGCCAGUACGACGCAUCGUCUCGCACCAGUUAUCCGGCAGAGAAAACAGGCGUCUACACCUUUUUUUUUUUUUUUUUUUUAAGUUUUGCUCUAUGGACACUUUUAUUAUUAUUCCUUUUUUAUUGUUAUUAUUAUUAUUAUUGUUGUUGUUGUUUUUUCUGUUUUUUUUUAACAGCCUUGAAUGAAAGAUUUUAGCACUUAGAGUUAGCUUUUAGACACCGCAAGCUAGGCGGUCACGUCUUCGUCCGUGUCUGUGCUCCGGACCGUAGCGCGCCGUGAACGCGGGGGAGAUGCGCCAUCGUGCCCGGCGCUCUCGAGUGUAGCUGAUCUUACUUAGAAAUAAAUGCCUGGGUAGUCAGAGGGGCAGCACUAGCAUAACAGUAGAUAGAGUGCUUGUUAUAUGGAAGUCCAAAGGGGUCAUAAGUUGUGAGAUUUUUACUUUUUAAAAAUUUUAAUUAAAUUACAUUUUCUCGAUCGUACAGGCAGCUUAAGCUCCACUGCUUGCCACAUAAAUGCCAAGGCGAGGUCGUGGUAGCUGUAGACUUUGAAAAAGAAAUUCAACCCAAAUACCAGAUUUCCCUCUAGAGCCCAAAUGCAGUUGAUUUUGCCAAAAAUAUGUCACCGUUCAACGUCUGAAGUUUGUUUCUUUAGAUUUGCUCUGAUGCUCCGAGGCUAAGGUAGCUAAGAAAUAAGGAAAGCUAAUCGCCUUAACUGCAUAUCAAGGACAUGAUCAGACAAAAGGGCUUCUUUUAGAAAAGCUAAAAAAAUGGACAAGUCUUCAUAAGAGUUAGACUCGUGUAGGAGGCUUGGUCUAAAGGUUUAAAGGUGGCGUUAUGUGUUAGAAGCGAUACCUUUUGUAGGUCCCGUGGCAAAACUAAAGAAGCAAGCUUCUAAACAUGUCUUCGCUGAUUUGAUCUUAAGGGGGAAAAUUGUGGAGAAUUUUUUUUUUCCAAAAUUUUCGGACUUUCAAUCAGGUUUCAAUCUGGCUCUUUGGGUUUCAUCCAAAAAAAAAACAUACCAGUAGCUUAAUUGGGUACUUUGUUUUGUCAUGGAUAGGUGUAACCCUCAGAGGAUGUUCUCCUGCCUCACAUCCAGCAUUCCUUAUGUUCGAACCUGGGUAAAGGAUUGAGUUACUCAAGAUGAAAAAAAAAUUUUUUUUUUAAACAAUAUACCUGGCUAGUAUUAAUUCAGGGGAGUAACUAAGUUCAAACCUUUGUAUUACAAAAAAAUCCCACACACGACCUCUAUGGACUUCCAUCCAUUUAAGAUAAGUUACUUCAACGUGCGCAACACAGAAACCAGCAUUCCGAACCAGCCAAAUGUGAUGCCGACCAUUCGGAGAGGCGCUUAUCUUUUGGAAACGUGCAUCUGUUUCAGACAGACUGUCUGUACAGGAGGAAACUGACCGCGCAGCAUUCUGGCAGCCAGUAGAUAAAUAACAGCGACGCAAGAGAUCACACACAAAUCUUUCCUUCCUAUUCCACGAGAGCCUUCCAGCAUUUCUAAACUGGUCUGUUCACAAAGCAAUACAAAAGUCUCUUUUUUUUUCUUCUUUUUUUUCCACAACCGUCGUGAGUGCUCUGUGCUCACGCUGCACAUUCCGCACAUCGAGAAGGACGUGACACACUUCCCCUACUCGCCUUCUUUCAUUUAUCACAAUAACUCAAAAGACACAGGAGCAUUUUCUUUCCUUCUUCUUCUUCAUUUUUAAUUUUUUUUUUUUAAAUACCCACUAUGUCGGUACCCACCUUUUUCUCCUACGUAGUAAUGUGAAAGUUCUGGCGUCCGGUCAGGUCGUGCACAAACCACCCGACAUCCCUCACACACACACACACACACACACAGCCUUAUAAUUACAAAGCCCAAGUCACAUUCUACCACGUAGCAGCCAUGGUACACACACACGCACGUAUACCUAUAUAUCUGCCUGGAUUUCUGUCAGAUGUGUACCAUGUACACAGGAAUUGAUGAAAUUGUUUCAAGUAUUUUGUUUGUUUUUUUUCUUUACACAUUCAUGUCAUUGUGGUUUCAUGUAUUGCAUGUUUUAAAUUGUGACCGGAUCCUCAGCACCUACACUCCUUACAUUUCUAUGCCGUAAAUCGUUCUUAUGAAUUGUAACUGCACUUGCUGCCCCUGUUGGUUCCCACCAAGGGGUCACUGUAAAGGGUGGGUGUCUUCACUUUCACUUGUUUUAGCCUCAAAAGCACCUCGGUGACAAAAACGUAACGUCACACGGGUACGGUCCGUUGAAAUCUUAAAGUGAUCAUGGUAUAUAACAGUCGAAUAGGUUUACUUUUUAAAACAAGUAUUAUGUUCGAGCCAACAUCAAGUCGAAAUGUAUUUAUAACAUGAAAUGACCUCUGACAGUUGGGCUUGUUUAAUCGUGAGAGCUCUGAUCCGAUCCGAUCCAGUGGUUUUUAUAUCAUGAUGCAGUACUUUAACUUACAAAUCAAAGGAGCCUCGAUUUGGGGGUUUUAGAAAAAAAGAAAAGGAAAGCCCCUUAGACCCAAAGAGAAGGAACUGGAGAUUUACCUUGACUCAGCCUCACUGUAAAAGCAAUACAAAGCCACUGCAAAAGAACGGCCCUUAUCUUAGCACUUCCCAACAGGCUGAUUUGGAAGUACACAAAGUGGACAAAUGUUAUUUUGGCUCUGUAUGUAAUAGUGUUGGGGGGGUUAUUUUUUAAAAAGGGAAAUAAAAGUUGUUUUUUAUUAA